AGGCGAGAAAAGAAGAAACACCUUUCCUUUUUUUAAAAAUGAUGCAGUUUAUGUUACUGUUUAGUCGGCAGGGAAAGCUAAGACUACAGAAAUGGUAUACUGCACACCCAGAUAAAGUAAAGAAGAAAAUUACCAGAGAAUUGGUGGCCAUGGUCUUGUCUCGCAAACCCAAAAUGUGUAGCUUCUUGGAGUGGAAAGAUCUCAAAAUUGUGUACAAAAAAUAUGCUAGUUUGUACUUUUGCUGUGCAAUAGAGGCAGAAGACAAUGAACUCCUCACCUUAGAAAUCAUUCACAGAUAUGUAGAGCUACUGGAUAAGUACUUUGGAAGUGUCUGUGAGCUAGACAUCAUCUUUAAUUUUGAGAAGGCAUACUUUAUGUUAGAUGAGCUCCUGCUGGGCGGAGAGGUUCAGGAAACGAGUAAAAAGAACGUCCUAAAAGCCAUCGCUGCUCAGGAUCUCCUACAAGAGGAAUCUGAGGAACCCAAGAGUCUACUGGAGGAGAUGGGAUUUGUUUCUGGUUCAUAGGAUUAUAGACCUCCUACUGGUUCUGGUUCAUAGGCUUACUGACCUUCUUACUGGUUCUGGUUCAUAGGCUUAUGAACAAACCUCUCACUGGUUCCAGUAUAGAUUGUAAACAACACUGCCACUGCGUGAUGGAAGUGGAAGGCUGUUGAUGAAAAAUAUUAAUUUCUUUCAGUAACACUUCGUAUCAAAAUCAAAGAAUUGUUUAUAAUGCAUUUAUACAUUAAUAGAGCUAUAUAUAGCCAUUAAAUCAAAUAAAUCAUUGCAUUUUUAACAUUUAUAUUUUAAAAAAAUUAUUGUUCAACAUAUUAAUAAGAUGAAUAUUAAAUAGUAUUAAAAAGUUUCUUUUCAGUAAUUUUGAUUGCUGCUGUUCAAUUUUUGCUAUAGACCACUACUAAUUAUUAUUUUAUGACUAAAGGAUGACUGCUCUUAAUGCCAGGUUUGGGGUCUCUUUCAGUAACUUGUUGCUUUUAUACUGCAUAGGUAUCUUAAUCUAAUUUCAUUUUUGUACUGUAAAUUAGAAUCCCGUCAAAUUUGAACAUUCAAAAUUGUACCUCUGGUAUUAGAACAGACAGACAGACUAUACGGAAAAAUUGUGGUCAGAAAAACUCACUUGAGCUUUCAGCUCUGGUGAGCUAAUAAACAUGCUUAUUUUGAGAGUUUAUUUUGUUGCAAAUUCGGCAUGACCUUGUAAGUGCAGUCAUCCUUUAUUGAUUGUAAAUAUUUUGAUAUUUUUAAGAAAUUGUUAAUAUUUAUAUAUAUGUGUUUAUACAAUUAUACCAGUUGUUAAAAUUAAUUAAAAUGUACUUAAAUAACAA